UCCCUCUCCUUCCCUCAGAAAAAAAAAAUCCCUCUCCUUCGCUCGAUCCCCCACCUCCGCACUCGCGCUCGCGAUAGGGUUACAGGGCCGCCGCCGCCGCGCCGCCCGACAGCUCGCCCCGGCCGCUCACCUGAAGCCGCUGGCCUCAACGCCCGACGCCGCCUCCCGGAGUUCGCUCGGGCCGUCGCCUAAGGGUCCAAAGCUAUGGUUGCAGAUGAAAAACUGCCAGCUUCUGGAGAUGCUAACAACUCAGAGCAACAGCUUCAUGAUACUGAUAUAAGCACAUGGCGUGAAGCUUCAUUUUUUGGCAGACACAAAAUCACGUGUGGAGGAUAUGUGGAAGAAAAUGAACAGCGGUUUGCCUGUGAAGAUGCCCAAACCUGCUAUGGUUAAGCUCAAAACAGCAGCAAAAGAAAAGAAACCUAAGGCCACAAAUAACUGGAUGACCAUUCUGGGCCUUCCACCAAAAAAGGCUUCUGCAAAUGAUCAAGUCCCAAAAAAUGUGCAACAACAGACACAACACGAAACAAGUGAGGAUGCCAAAAAACUUGCGGCGAACGCUCUUGCAGCUGUUAGAGAUGCCGCUACUGCUGCAUCUGGAAGAGGGAAAGUGGAGAUAACCGAGGUAAGGGACUUUGCUGGCAAGGAUAUUGAGAUCAAGAAACUCGUAGAUGCGGAUUCAAAGGAAGCGGUUGAGAAGGCCAGUGCGGCGGGUGCCUCGCCGUCGGCUGUGGACAACAUUCUGGAGCAGAUAAGGAAGAAGCAGAAGCUGAGUGUCCUGGACAAGACGAAGAAAGACUGGGGAGAGUACAAGGCAGAGAAGGGCGUGGAGGAGGAGCUGGGGGCGUACAAGAAGAGCUCGAACCAGUACCUUGAUAGGCAGUCGUUCUUGAAGAGAGCCGAUUACAGGGAGUACGAGCUCGAGCGGGACGCACGCUUGUCGUUGAUGGCCAAGCGGAAGAGCGAGAGCAUGCAGGACGAUGAUGUCUAGGCUUUGAUGGGAAUUGCUAUCAUGUUGGCAGCACUUUGCCUUUUGUUGGAGUACUUGGUGGAGAUUCUUUUGAGAUAGAUAAUGGUAAAGAUGUUAUGUCAUCGAUGCCUUGUCCUCUUACUCCCUCCGUUCUUUUAUGUAAGGUGUAUUAUUUUUGAUACGGUGACCAAGAAACAUAAUUAUAGACA